CCCGGUGUCAUGUGGAUGCCAGCACCACCUCCACCUCCAAACUGUCCUCCCGGAUUAGAAUAUUUAAGCCAGAUUGAUCAGAUAUUAAUUCAUCAGCAGAUUGAACUUCUAGAAGUCAUAACAGGCUUUGAAACAGCCAACAAGUAUGAAAUAAAAAAUGCAUUUGGACAAAGGAUCUACUUUGCAGCGGAGGAAAGUGACUGCUGUUCGCGAAACUGUUGUGGGGAGUCGCGGCCAUUUACAAUGACGAUCUUUGACAACUUGGGCCGGCCUGUUAUAGAGCUCAUAAGACCUCUCAGAUGCUCCUCUUGCUUUUGUCCUUGCUGCUUGCAGAAGCUUGAAGUUCAUGCACCCCCAGGCAUACCAGUCGGGUAUAUUAAACAGACUUGGGACCCUUGCUUGCCUAAAUUCACUAUCCAAAAUGAGGCACAAGAAGACGUAUUAAAAAUUGUUGGGCCCUGUAUAGUAUGCAGCUGUUGUGAGGAUAUUAAUUUUGAGGUGAAGUCCAGAGAUGAGACGUCUACAGUUGGAAGAAUUUCUAAGCAGUGGACUGGCUUUGUGAGGGAGGCUUUUACAGAUGCGGACAACUUUGGAGUCCAGUUCCCACUGGACCUUGAUGUUAAAAUGAAAGCAGUCAUGCUUGGGGCCUGCUUCCUUGUAGAUUUCAUGUUCUUCGAACAUGGAUACAGUCGGCAACAGAGAAUUGGUGUCUGGUAA